AUCUUUCAGAGCAAACCUCAAAGAAACGAGAAUCAAAGUCGGGAAGAGCUCUGCCUACCAAGAAGGUAAAGAAGUCACCUGACGUGGUGGAGAAUUCGGUCACGAAUCCGGCUGACAUUAUGGUUAGUGAAGACAUAAUUUUCGAGGGUGAUAUGGAUAAUAGCCAAAAUGUUCUAGCUGAAAAUCACAUCAUGUCUGGAGCUGAGGAUGUGGCCGAAACUAGUAAUGCCUCAAAUAAUAACACAGGCUCGGCCGACAGCGGAGGUUCGCCUGAUGAAGCACAGUCAGAAGACUUUGAGCACGAGAGAGAUGACCGCAUUGAUCACUCUUCGCAUCCUCCUGAAAGCAACAUGGUUGAAAUUGACAUGGAUGACUUGGGUGAUAAUCAGCUAUAAUAUCGACCAACCACUCGCAAACUCACAUAACCUUGCUAAGGAUGCGGAAGACAUCGGCGUACUUGGCCGAGAGGCAUUGCUUAACCACCAAACACUUGUCCCGGUACGAGGAACUCAAAGCAGUUCAACCUUGGAGUUGGUUCUUGUCAAUCCAACUGAACCAAAUCCUUCUACGUCCGGAAUGCUUACCUCCUCUCUUACUGAAGGGAUGCCUCGAAAUGAUCAAGCUAUCGUUUGCGCCCCAUCGUUGGCUGAGCCUGUGGAUCAAACAACAGGCGAUCUUGGUCUGGAGCUACUUCAAUUUCUCGAUACACUAGACAACAACGCGAGCCCGGUGGAGGAAAAGCUUGAAACAAACGAAACAAAGACGGCACUUGAAUCUGUCAGACGAUUUAUGGGUUGUGAUACGAGAGCAGUAACCGAGGCUAGUUUUCUUGCUUUCAAGGAGGCGGUUGAAGUACUUAUUUCAGCCAACCAUUUAUCUCAAGUGGAAGCUUAUGAAGUUCAUGCCCUUUUGUCCCGUGCAAAUUUUAGUCUCUCUCCCUGCUUAGAAGCCCAAAAAGAGUUUGAAACCGGCGAGAAAUUGAUAAGUGAGUAUAAAGACAUUCGCCAGUCUACCGAUCUUGGCCAACUUCAUAAGUUGAAGACUUCUUUGGACGAGGGAAGGCAAAAAGUGCGUGAUUUGAAAAAACAAUUGGUCGAAGCUGAAGAGCAAGUCAAAAUUACUUCGGCCUCCAUCCGAACCAUUGUUCCUCAACAAGAUCUCACUAGGUAUAGCUUGAUUUUGUCAUCGGUCAAGUCAUACAACAAGAAGAAAUGCAUCUUGAAGCGAAAGGUCGACCAAGGUAUGGAAGACUUGGAAAAGGUUAAGGAAGUUCUUCGGUCCCUUCUACCCUCUGACAUGUAGUUAUAGUGGGAUUUGGUAUUCAUCUCGGCCUUAUAUUUUGUACAUGGUCCUAGGACCCUAACUCAACCGGUUGCCUUAAUUUUGUAAAGUCUAACUGACCUUAUAUGUAGGACUCACAUUCUAUGACCGGUUGAUCAUUCGGCCGCUAUUUUGUCAAUGGAUUUAACCUCUUUUGACUUCAUAUAUCUCGGCCAACCAGGUUCUAAUA